CCCUUUUGGCUCUCGUUGGGAAUCUCAGCAAGUUCUCAAAUCACUGAGGCAAUGUCAGCUUCUGCAAUCUUUAUUCUGGAUCUUAAAGGCAAGGAAGAAUAACAGUGAUACGAGAUAAUUUAGACAGCGAUGGGAGGAAAAGACAGUUUGCAAAUGGACAGGAGCAAAGAAAGCCCCUGAUAUGUCGGAACUACAAAGGUGAUGUGAAUAUGUCGGAGAUUGAGCACUUCAUUCCGAUUCUAACACAGAAAGAAGAUGAAGGGGCAUUGUCUCCACUGCUGACACAUGGCAAAGUUCAUUUCUUGUGGAUUAAACACAGCAACCUGUACCUGGUUGCAACUACAACAAAAAAUGCAAAUGCCUCCCUUGUCUAUGCAUUCUUAUACAAAAUCAUACAGGUCUUCAUGGAAUACUUUAAGGAGCUGGAGGAGGAGAGCAUUCGGGACAACUUUGUGAUUGUUUACGAGCUCCUGGAUGAAGUGAUGGACUUCGGUUUCCCGCAGACCACAGACAGUAAAAUCCUGCAGGAAUAUAUCACACAGCAGGGGCAAAAACUGGAAGUAGCUGCCCCACGUCCGCCAGCCACCGUCACUAAUGCUGUGUCCUGGAGGUCAGAGGGCAUCAAGUACAAAAAGAACGAGGUCUUUAUUGAUGUCAUUGAAGCGGUCAAUGUGUUGGUCAGUGCCAAUGGGAAUGUUCUGCAGAGCGAGAUCGUCGGCAGUGUGAAGCUACGGGUCUUUCUCUCGGGAAUGCCAGAACUUCGGCUGGGACUAAACGACAAGGUCCUCUUCGAACUAACAGGGCGAGGCAAGAGUAAGUCCGUCGAGAUGGAGGACGUGAAGUUCCAUCAGUGCGUGAGACUCUCGCGUUUUGAAAAUGACAGGACAAUUUCUUUCAUCCCCCCAGAUGGAGAUUUUGAACUGAUGUCUUAUAGACUGAACAUCCAUGUGAAACCUCUGAUUUGGAUUGAAUCGGUAAUUGAGAAGUUUUCUCACAGUCGCGUGGAAUAUAUGAUUAAGGCUAAGAGUCAGUUCAAGAAGCAGUCCGUGGCCAAUAAUGUGGAGAUCGUUAUCCCAGUGCCCAGUGAUGCAGAUUCACCCAAGUUUAAAACCAGCGUGGGCAGUGCCAAGUGGGUUCCUGAAAAUAACACCGUGGUGUGGACCAUCAAAUCCUUACCUGGCGGGAAGGAAUAUCUAAUGCGGGCUCACUUUGGCCUACCCAGCGUGGAGAAUGAAAACGCCGAAGGAAAACCGCCAAUCUCCGUGAAAUUCGAAAUCCCGUACUUCACCGUAUCUGGGGUGCAGGUGCGGUACAUGAAAAUUAUAGAGAAGAGUGGUUACCAGGCCCUGCCCUGGGUCAGGUACAUAACUCAAAGCGGAGAAUACCAACUGCGAACACAUUAACAGCUGCGAUCGCUCAAGAAAGAUCAACCCCUAUUUUUUUUCCAUCAUACAGAACAACCAGGAUGCUUCUUACCAUCGCCCCAGUGGCUUCUGUCUCCCCAUGAAUAUCUGCCCUGACCUGUUAAUCUCAUGUCAUAGUAAAUUACUGGUAGCCAUCAGGAUGCCUUAUUGAAUAAAAGUUGAGGUACUUUGUGGAGCUCGCCUGAUUUAACACCAUGCAGGCAGGUGAUUUGAUCGGGCUAGGAGGAGGCCAUUCAGCCCUUCGAGUCUGUUCUGACACUCAUUCAGGCCACAGCCAAUCUGCGGCUCAACUCCAUUUACCUACCUUUAACUUCCUUACCAAACAGAAAUCAGAGCCAGGAAAAUUUCAAUUGACCCACAGCCUUGAAGGGAGACAAUUCCAGAUUUUGGCUACUCUUCAUGGGGACAAAAGAGCUUCCUGAUUUCACUCCUGAAUGGCUGAGCAUUAAUUUUAAAAUGAUGGAUUAAUAAUCCAGCAAAUAUGGUUCGUGUCCCACCAUAGCAGUUAGAGAAUUUGAAUUCCGUUCUUUUUAAAAAUAGAGAAAAUCAGAAAUUUAAAAGUUGGUUUCUGUGACCUUGAUGCUGUCAGAUUGGACACAAAGGGAAUGUUUCCACUUGUGGGGAAGAUCAGGACCAGAGGCCAUCAACAUAAGAGAGUCACCAAGAAAUCCAGUCAGGGAUUCAGAAGCGUCUUCCCCCAUUGAGAACGUGGGAGUGGUUGAAGCAAAUAGGAGAGAUGCCUUUAAGGGGAUGCUGGACAAGCAUGUGAGGGAGAAGGGAAGGUAAUGAUGGGAGGGAAGAGGGAGGAAGUUUGAGUGGAACAUAAACACCAUCAUGGACUGGCUGGGCUGAAUGGGGAGCCUUCCAUUUUGAAUUUCAAGUUGUCUAACAUCAUCAUUCUCUAUUUCCCUCUUGGUUGACAUCCUUCUAAUCUUCCUUCAGUCACCUUCCUCAGCAAGUUCUCAUGCCUUAAAAAAUGGCUAUUCCAACCUUGAUGAUAUCCCCUAACGCCCUUUCCUCCUCCACCAUCCUGAGAACAUCUUUGUUGCUCUUGUGUUCUCUCCGACCAACCCGCUCCAGCAUUCUCCACAGAACCACGUUUCACAACUCUGCAGCUUUUGAAUAUCUGCUCCUCACGGUCCACAUUUCAGCCCCAUGUAACAAGACAUUCCAAAUCACAUUCCGGACCAUGAACAUAAAACACACAUUGAGGACUGAAUACAAAUGUCCUUAUGCUGUGAAUUUUUUUAAGUUCAUUUGGAAAAAGGGUUAUCAAAGAGUAUGGGGAGCAACAGGUCAUUCAGCCUAACUGGCUCUAAACGUGUGUCUUCCCACCUUCAUCCCACCCCACCAACGUAUCCUUCUAUUCCUUACUACUCCCUUAUGUGUUCAUCCAGCUUCCUCACAAAGACAUCCAUGCUAUUCACCUCUACUCCACGUGGUAGAGAAUUCUACGCACUAACCACUUACGCACUUUCUGGGUAAAGAGGUUUUUUUUGAUUGGAUCUAUUAGUGACUAUCUUGAAUUUAUGAUCCCCAGUCUUAGAUUUCUCUACAAAUUGAAACUUUAAAGACCUCUAUCAGCUCGCUACACAACCCUUCUCUUUUUCCAGAGGAAAGAGCCCCAGUCUUCCUUGAUGGUUAUAUAUCACUGUUCUGGUAACAUCCUUGUAAAGCCUGUUCUGCACCUGCUCGAGUGCCUCGAUCUGUUCCUGUGCUAUGGUGAUCAGGACUGUGUACAGUACUCUGAAUGUGGCCUAACCAAGGCUCUACUGGUUCAACAUAAAUUCUUCACUUUUUGACUCCACUUGUGAGAUGAACCCCCCCUGUGGUCAGUUUGGAUUUUUAAUGUGCUGGUUAACCUACUUUCUUCUCUGCUCAUUUCCUGCACUCCGUCGAAAAUGUAUAAUCAUACUGGCAGGACAAUGUAAAUGCAAAGUCUAAAUCUCCUCCAGUCACAGAAGGUUUCCCAGCACUUUCUAGAAUCGUUAUGGCACCGACAGAGGCCAUUUGUCCCGUCGUGGUUCUCUCUGGGGCAAUUCAACCAUUUCCAAACACCUCCUCUACACCCAAGUGCAGCAAAAAGUUUAGACAUUAAAGAAUAGACUUGAUUCCAUCACCUGUAAUCGCACUGAUGAGUCGAAUCCAUUAUGUGAGAUCCAAAGUCGUAUUGAGUGCAAGCCCUUUAAUUUUUUAAAUUCUAUUCUUCAAUAACACCAUUGACAUGGUACUUAGAUUGGGCAAUUUCUCUGUUUUUAACACUUGUCACUUCACGUUUAUAGAAAAUCAUUUGUGUGUGUGUGACAUGAAUAGAAAGUGUUUUGAUAUUUUUGUGAAUAAAAUACUCAAGAGGUUUGCAAUGUAACCAAAACCUCGUUUGUAAUUUUGCAUUGACUGAUGAAGGGACUUGGGUGUCCCUGAAAGCUAAUGUCUUCGCCUUUUUGUAACGUCACUUAAUCUCAAUAAACUCCUGAAAGGAA